CCCAUUUGGCGCAACGAUACCGUCGGUGUGAUCGAAGCGUCAGAUUGAGAUUGAUUCUGUGACGCUUGCCAAACAGAGCGCACUCAAAGUUAGGAGAAGCAAGCCACCUAGAAACCUUUUUAGGCAUGACACUGCAUGCUUACUGGUGAUAUUACUGCUCCUACUUGAUCAGAAGUGGAUUCAAGUUGAGGCUGACCAUACAACUGUGUAAUGUUUUUUUGGGAGAAAAAGUAACCUGAUGGAGUUUAUGGACGAUGCAAUCGUUUGUUCUCCUCGCUUCUCUGUGUGGAUGCGUCCUUUGCUCAGUCUGGCCUUAUCAGAUGCAGUGUUACCACUGUGAAGAGACUCUGUUGGACAAUGACUGUUCAGCUCCAAAGUUCAUUGUCAACUGCACAGCAAACAUCCAGAAUGCCUGUCAGAAGGAGGUGAUUGUGGGUGAAAAUGGUGUGAUUUACAGGAAGGCCUGUGCCUCCUUCUCCACCUGUCUGAUUGUUUCAGCAGGGUAUCAGUCUUUCUGUGUCCCAGGUCGGGUGGGCUCUGUCUGCAUUAGCUGCUGUAACACCCCCCUCUGCAACGGACCCCGCCCCCCAAGGAUCUCCCUGGCCCCCAGCCAUCCCCCCACCAGACCCACUGCGCUCCUCCUCAUCAUCAUCACUGUUUCCAUGGCAACACUGCCCUAAUAUGGACACUGGUAUUGGCUAGAUUGGACUGAAUGUUCUCAGGUGUGGAGGUGCCUGGUAUUGGAGCAAACACUGUCCUGAGAGAUGACUGGACAGGGAUUCUGAAAUCAAAGCAACAGAGCUGUCCGACACAUACCGGUCCGUUGACGGGCGUGAGAAAUUUAGGAAGUAUAUUAAAUCUGACCCAAAAGUUAAUAAAAAUAUGUUACAUCCAUAGUAAAUUACACUUUAAUCAUUAGUGCAGACAGCACCGAAUCAAAUAACUAGUGUUUAUAUCCCAGAGAUGACAGGGUACAUUCAGUACUAUACACAAUGUUUACAGUUAGGACGACACACUUGGUGUACAAACAAAUUAGGAACACUUUCUAAUAUUAAGUUACACUCCCUUUUGCCCUCAGAACAGCCUCAAUUCAUCAGGGAAUGGACUCUACAAGGUGUCAAAAGCAUUCCACAGGGAUGCUGGCCCAUGUUGAUGCCAAAUGCUUCCCACAGUUGUGUCAAGUUACCAUUUUUGAUACACACACAGGAAACAGUUGCGCAUGAAAAACCCAGUAGCAUUGCAGUUCUUGGCAGAAACCGGUGUGCCUGGCACCUACCAUACCUCGUUCAAAGGCACUUUUGUCAUUCCCGUUCACCCUCUUUGCAACCAUUAUUAAAACAUGAGCAUAAGUGUCAUUGACUUAAUCAAACUUUAUUUUAACAAAUUUAAAUUACAUUAAAUGUAGCAGAAUUACAUAAGUAACUCCCAUAAAAGCAAAACAAAUUUCACAGUAUAAGAUAUGCAGUUAUUUCAUUUUUGAAACAGUAAAAUCCUCAGUUGAAAAGCAACAGGUGAUUAGUUUGGUAAACUUGUAUUGUUAUUGGCACUUCUAAGAAAAUAAAGCCUUGAGCUGCAUAGCAGAGGAUGUUUGACUGCCAGAUUAUCUGUUCAAUGUCAUUCAAUUAAAAAGGUU